UUUGAACUCUCGCUGAGCGAGUUUGUUUAUCGUAAACGUCUAUCUUUUCUUCUCUCCUCGUCGUCCCUAGCAUAUCUUCUCUGUUCCCGGCUGGACCCCCUCUAUGCUUCGCUCUUCCAUGAUGCUUCGAAGACUUGCCCAACUCCUCCCUGCCCUCGCCAUCUCCACUCUCGUCUCAGCUCAUGGUUAUGUCCAGCAGGUGACAAUCGACGGCACCGUCUACAAGGGCAAUAACUUGAAUGUUGGAACCCCUGCCCCUUCUAUCAUCCGUCUUGUCAACACGAAUAGUCCUGUUAAGGGUGCUGCAAACCCGUACAUUAACUGUGGACAAGAUGCUCAGUUCGCUUCCCUGGUCGGAAAUGCAAACCCUGGUUCCCAGCUCGAGAUUUUAUGGGUUGGUGGCACAGACGGUUCAUCCAACUGGCCGCAUAACACAGGCCCACUGAUGCACUACAUGACCAAGUGCGACGGUUCUUGCUCGACAUAUAACUCGACGAACUCCGAGUGGUUCAAAAUCUCGGAACUCGGUCUCCAGGCAGAUGGCAGUACCUGGUAUCAGGCAAACCUGAAUUCUCGAGCUCCCGUGAACGUGACGAUUCCGAGCACUCUCGCACCCGGAAAUUACUUGCUUCGCACGGAAAUCAUCUCCCUUCAACUUGCGAUGUCGGCAGGAGGCGCUGAGUUUUACCCCGCGUGCAUCCAACUUCAAAUCGGUGGUUCCCAGACUCAGGGCCCCACGUCGAGCGAGGAGUGCUUAUUCCCUGGUUGUUACUCUGAUAGUGAUCCUGGUAUCCUAACACCAGACAUCUACAACCCACCCAUUCAGUACACGUUCCCCGGCCCUCCUGUCGCCAGCUUCAUAGACGGCGGCUCAAGUUCUGCUGCGCCUUCUUCCACCGGCUCUGUCUCGGGUUCCUCAGCAAGGACUACAUCAACCUUCGCCAAUGGCCCUUCUUCCACUAUCGUUGUGUCAUCCACCCCAAGUCCAACGGUGACAGGGCAGUGCAUGCUUAGUGGACGUUCCAUCAAUGAGGGUGUUGUCAAGCGAGACAGCAGGAACAAACGGAUGCACAAAUGGAGACUCGUCCGUUCGCACUAAAUGCGGCGAUGCUUGACGUUCCCCUCCCUCGUGAUUAUCAUGUAACAAGGUUUGACACCUCGUGGUACUGCGUGCCCUCACGAUAUCAUUGAUUCGGUUAUCCACGUACAUACACGUUCUUUUUUUUUUUUCAAGUCGUUCGCUCACGUUCACUCUCAUUUCGGCUCCUUUGGAGCGAGCCACUCUCUGCAUGUCCGUUCUGCUUUGUGGAUACCUUAUCUGGUUGUAUUUUUAGGUGCCCGUCUGGAACGGGUUGUGUCCAUGCUUAGCCAUGGCCCUUAACAUAACAUGCAUACUAUUACUAUAGCUGCACUGGGUGUACAUAAUGCUCGAUGCAAUGUUAUAAUUGUAACACCAUGGUUGAUAGGCUGCCUGUUCGCUGGUGUCGCGCGAGGUGUCUUCC